CUUCUCUUCAAUUGCCUUUUUUAUUUUUAUUUUUAUUUUUCCUUAAUUAUAUAUUAUGAACUCUGACCAUAAAGAAGAGUAUUUUGGUUCACAAUCAUCAUCAUCAUCUUCUUCUUCUCCUUACUAUAAAAGAAGUAAUUUAUUGCCUUCUUCAUCAGCGACUACCUUCCGAGAAAAAUAUAAUAAACGCUUUGGUCGAAAGAGAUCAUCAUCUUAUACUUCACUUGAUGAUAAACAGCAGCAGAAAUAUAAUUCUUCAUGGGAUCAACCUUCUAUAAAGGCAACAAGCCUUAUUUCUUCAGUGGUGUCACCGUUUUCAAGGGAGAAGAAGAUUCCAAAGAGAUCAAGCUUUUUACAUUCAGACCAGUUAGUGAGGGAUUCCUAUUUUGAUGAUGAAGAAGAAGAAGAAGAAGAAGAAAGAUAUUCAGACUAUAUAGAAGAUGAAAAUGCAUAUCUAACUCAGCAUAUCAACAGAGAAGACUCAACUAAAGGAUCUAUAUCUUGGAGAUCAAGUGUCUGGAGAGUCAUUAGAGUGAAAAGUCGAUAAAACAUGAUUUACAAAAAAAAAAAAGUUAUAUAGUAUAAUUGUGUUGUUUAUAGUUUUCUGGAUUGUUUGUUAUGUAUAUCAUCCAUUGAUAAAUUCAUGUCUUUAUACGAGUUUUUUUUUUUUUUUUUUUAUUAGCUG